AUGCUGUGGACUCUGCUCCUGGCAGCCGUGCUGCUGCUCCUCCUGCAGGCUGAGCUCAACUCCUGCCUGAGGGCCACCACCCCGGCCCCCGACGACGUCGACCGCCUUCCGCCCGCCAACGCCACCCAGCGUCUCCCCGGGGCCAUCAUCAUCGGCGUGAGGAAGGGCGGCACGCGGGCGCUGCUGGAGAUGCUCAGCCUGCACCCGGGCGUGGCGGCCGCCAAGGCCGAGGUGCACUUCUUCAACGUGGACGAGCACUACCGGCGCGGCCUGGGCUGGUACCUCGCCCAGAUGCCCCUGUCCCUGCCGGGGCAGCUGACGGUGGAGAAGACCCCGGGGUACUUCUCGGCCCCCCGGGCCCCGGGCCGGGUGCGUGCGAUGGACAGAGGGGUGCAGCUCCUGCUGAUCGUGCGAGACCCGGCCGAGAGGCUGGUGUCGGACUACACGCAGGUCCUGCACAACCGGAGGCAGCGUGGGAAGCCGUACCCUCCUCUGGAGGACCUGCUGCUGGGGCCGGAUGGCAGGGUGGACCCCGCCUACAAGGCCCUCCAGCGCAGCCUGUACCACCUGCACCUGGGCCGCUGGCUGGCCCGGUUCCCCCGGGCCCAGGUCCACGUGGUGGACGGAGACGCCCUGGUCAGGGACCCGUUCCCCGAGCUCCAGGGGGCCGAGAGCUUCCUGGGCCUGCCCCCCCGCAUUGCCCCCUCCAACUUCUACUUCAACUCCACCAAGGGCUUCUACUGCCUGGUCCCCACCGCCGGGCAGGAGCACUGUCUGGACGAGUCCAAGGGCCGCCCGCACGCCCCCCUCAGCGCCCCCGCCCACCGCAAACUCUGCCGCUACCUGCGCAAGCCCAACCGCCGCUUCUUCAGAAUGGUGGGCCGCACCUUGGCCUGGUGCUGAGGGGACGGAUCCGCUUGCUGCCCCUCCACCGACUCCGACCGCUCAGAGAGGCGAGGAGACCUCGUCUGGAGAAGGGCGGGUCAUCCGGAGGCUUCAGAGCUGCCUUGCGUCCAGUGGCUUUGGCCGAUUCCGCUCCAUUCUGAAUAAAAUGUUACGUUCCUUUUUUUUUUUUUCAAUGUAAUAUUUUCCAUCCCCUGCACCAUGAACUACAAAGUUCUGACGUCUCGAUAGGGUUCAGAUGAAAUCCAUCGGUCAGUUUAUUAAUCUUAAUAGCCAGAAGCAUGGUGAAACUGGUGCCACAAAUGGUGACCCUUGGUUUUCCCCACAGUCAUUUUUAGUUACAGAUGUUUUGCCCCAGUGUUUUGCCAAAUUCCCGCCCUCAGUUGUGAGCCCUUCUCAUGGCUGCGAAAUCUUAGUUGUUCAGCCAAUUGCUGCUUCUUUUCACUGAUCUGUGCAUCGAUCCUGCUGGAGGACUGCCCUCCAUGUGCAGGCCCCGGGUCAGCCAGAAGGGGGUGCUGUUUCACCAAAACAGUCCCUCUUCUGGUAAUGGUAAGGCCAGUCUUGCUAUGCCCUGCGGUUAGCGGUUAGCAGCCCCGUUCAGAUGUCUGAUUGAUGUGUUGUUGCUUAGGGUGCUCGAUAUAAACUGGCUGGUUGUACAUUCCAAUCCCUGGAUAAACAGUGGCUGCUAAUGAAUAGUUAAUAUGCAGGAGUAUGAAUGAGCAACUUGUCAAUAAGAGGCUUGGUCGGACAGCCUGAAUGUAGAUGUACAGUUAGGUGCAAAAGAUGGGGAACAGUGUGGCAAAAAAGUAAUUUGUACAUAGAAAACUUGUAUCACUAUAUUUUACAAGACUUGACAAGAGUUUGCGCCAUUAUUCUUAAUGACAUAAUUAAUUAUAAAUUGGGACAUCAACUCUAGUCAUCACUAGCAAGCAUGUGUACACUGUGCACAUGUAUCUGUCUCCCUUCAUGCACCACACAUUGACAAAACGAACAUUAAGACUAUUAAACAAACAAAAUAAUUGACUUAGAAAAUGCUGUUUCUAAGACCUGCAUGAUCUGCACAGCACACCGCAAACCUCAAUAGCCUAAAAAUAGCCCGGCGCUUCCCACAUGAGUUUCUGUUAGUCAGCUGCAGUCUAGGUGUUCACAGGCUUUUGCCCCUGACCGUAUAUCUGCAAAUGUACAGUGUGUCGGGACUGAUUGACCACGCUGAGGCUUAUUGGCUAAACUUUGCUCAAGUAGAGUCAUUCCCUGCUAUUUAAAUGCAGUUUAAGCCACUUCACAAAGUGUGACGUUAUUGUUAUUCUGGUGAAGAUAAGUACAAAGUCAUGCUGUACUCAUUUUUAGCUCAGACAGUUUCAGUUUCUCAGAAUGGUGCGUGGAAAGAUGGAGAAAGUGUUAUUUAUUUUUGCCCCUCUGUUUUAUACAUAUACAUUUAAGAAUGUCUCAAGCUGUGCUGUGAAGUGUCACAUGUUGUUUUAUUAUUAAACCUGAGAGGAAUUCUG